UUUAAAGAGCAGUUUUCUAUUAAAAAAUUAAUGCAGUUGCGCUAGCUAGCUGAAAGCUAAGUCCCGACUUCUACUCAGCGGCCCAGCCGGAGAUGCGUGGAAGAUGUCGGUGUCGGGGCUGAAGGCCGAGCUGAAGUUUUUGAAGUCUAUUUUUGAUCCGAACCACGAACGGUUCCGGAUAAUUGACUGGAAGCCCGACGAGCUGAGCUGCCAGUUUAAUGUAACUGGGGAAAAACUGCUAAUUAUCCACUGCAACAUAACGGAAUCCUAUCCAUUGACGCCACCAAUAUGGUUUGUGGACUCCGACGACCCGAGCUUGGCGCAAGUUUUGGAGAGGUUGGAGGAUGUGAGGAAAGGCAGCACCUUGCUUCUGCAGCAGUUGAAAAAGCUCAUCUGUGACCUUUGUCGUUUGUACAACCUCCCACAACAUCCUGAUGUGGAGAUGCUAGACCAGCCCCUGCCUGCAGGUCCUGUUGAAAAAGACAGAAAGCAUGGAACAGAGGAGGUCACGUCAGAAGAAGAAGAGGAAGAUGAUAUGGGGGAAGACAUUGAAGACUUGGACCAUUAUGAGAUGAAAGAGGAGGAGCCUGUGGACGGGAAAAAAUCAGAAGACGAUGGUAUUGAGAAGGAAAAUCUAGCAAUCCUUGAGAAGAUCCGAAAAAAUCAGAGACAAGACCACCUAAAUGGAGCUGUAUCUGGUUCAGUGCAGGCUUCUGACCGCCUAAUGAAGGAGCUAAGAGAGAUCUACAGGUCUCAGAGUUACAAGACAGGCAUCUACUCAGUGGAGCUUGUUAAUGACAGCCUGUAUGAAUGGCACGUCAAACUGAGGACGGUGGACCCAGAUAGCCCCUUACACAGUGAUUUACAAGUCUUAAAGGAAAAAGAAGGAAUGGAUUACAUUUUACUAAACUUCUCUUAUAAAGAUAAUUUCCCUUUCGAUCCACCAUUUGUCAGGGUAGUUUCUCCUGUGCUUUCUGGAGGUUAUGUUCUCGGAGGAGGCGCCCUUUGCAUGGAGCUUCUCACCAAGCAGGGUUGGAGCAGUGCCUAUUCCAUUGAGUCUGUCAUCAUGCAGAUCAAUGCCACUUUAGUCAAAGGAAAAGCCAGAGUGCAGUUUGGAGCCAAUAAAAAUCAGUACAAUCUUGCCAGAGCACAGCAGUCCUACAAAUCCCUGGUUCAAAUUCACGAAAAGAACGGCUGGUACACACCCCCUAAAGAGGAUGGCUAAUACAGACUAUUGCCUUUCCUGCCCUGGGACCACAUGUCUUAGAUUAUUAUUUUUUCUUUUUCUUGUGACCAAUUUCAUUUUUAGCCUGCAAGUAAUAUUCUUUACAUGACCGUUUGAACUUCAAAAACCAAAUUCCUCAUUUAAUGACCACCCAAACCCCACACAGAUUCAGAUACGCUCAUCUCCACCUGAAAAUGGACACGGUUGCAGCUUGUCCUCUCUUCAGAUACUCAUUUCUUUAUACAUCUGUUUGGAGAAGUCCUUUUUUUUUAUUGCAAUAGUCAUCUCAUGCCCCAUACAUUUGACAAACAAAACAAUUGAAGUCACUCUUUUUAGUUUUGGCAUCGAGCAUGUCAUGGUUACUUGCUGGCUUAGCGAUGAACGGUGCAGCAUGACUUCCGAGGCUGGAUCGCUUUUACACCUCAUGUUUUGGACGGCCUGAGCAGGAGAGGACGACGACGGGCCUUUUCUCAGGCUGACUGGGACAGGCCGCUAAAAAGAACAGCACACUGCUGGCUUUCAGUCAGGAAGAAACUCGCCAUCGUCAUCCUCAUCAUCACAACCAGCAGCAGGGCGACUCUGCAGGAGAGGUUUGGUGCGCGACUCGCCUGGCAGCAUAACGAGCGUGAUCAGGCGAAGCGGGGGCAUGUUUGGAUUGGCUCACACUGUAAUGUAAUGGAUUUUAACUCCACUGUAAACAUGUACAUUUGUAUUUCUGCUAAAGGAUUUGUUUAUAAUGUAAUCUUGUGUAGGUCUUUGGCUGGGCAGAGACUGUAAUACUAUAUACAUUUAUUAAUUGCAGGGGCUUUGCAACUUGGAGCCCAUUU